CAUGAGCUAUCCUCCGCAUGAUCGUUUAUCGUGUUCAGCACUCUCGGAAAGAUUACGUCAAGAAUAUCAUGACGCCUUUAAAAAAUUCUGAUAUCACGUUUCAUCAGUUCCUACAAAAGGAAGAAGCGAACUCUCUUAGCUCAGUAGUUUUCAGUUUAUUCUUCCGUACACUGUCAGCAAACCAAGAUGCCGCUACUAUUGUACGCCACGCUGAUCCUGAGUACUUUGGCUACUUGCAACGCGUGUUCUUGCCAGCCAGGUCAUCCCCAAGAAAAUUUUUGUGAUGCGCAUUUUGGUGAGUUCAUUCACUAUUAAGUUCUGAUACUUAUCACGUUUCAGCAAACGGUCAUCUUUGAAGCAAGCUACCAAAAUUGAAGUGCUAUUAUAAGUAUUCUCACCGAUUGGCAAGUGCACGUACUUAAAAGACGCCCUUUGUAGAAAGAAACGCGAAAGACCUCUGGAAGACCUCCAGCACCCAAGUUUUGCCCAUUGCAGUCCAGUGUAGAGAGGAGCUUUUGUGAAAUUUAGCUGAGACAAUAUCAUUCCUAUAGUUCACUUUCAGUAGCAAAAUUUUAAUUUAGGUUCAUCGAAAGAGGGUAUGAAGCAACUUCUUUGGAAAUUUUAUGUCAAAACUAUCCAGACUUUUAACAGUGCCUUGUAGUAUUAGGAUAUCACAUUGUCAAUAUUAACCUCUCAUCUCCUGUUUUAAAACAUUGAUAUGUUUAAAAUUCAGUUGAACAUAACAUCACCAAUUGCAAUUUAAAUAUAUGAUUAUCGUGAAAUCAAAGUGCGUGAAGAUGACCGAUGAAAGUGGCCAUGAAUUACAAAUAGGUUAUGCCGUGUAUUUAGGAGAAUUUAUCCGCUGUCGAGGAAAAAAAUGAAGAAAGCAUUACGGCGAAGAUAUCCGUUUGCUUCUUCUCAACAAACUCACGUGAUAGCUAUAUAUUCAUAGUGUAUGACUCAGUGCCGAUGAUCUAAAUCACUGCCAGGAAAACCAAACGGUGUCAUAGAUGAUAGUUUCCCGUGCAGUUUCUCCAGAUUUAGGUAGACCUAUUGCAUUAUAUUCGCCGCAAAUCGACAGGAUUCACUGAGGAUUUCCUUUAUUUAUUGCGACACAGUAGGGAGCUAAUAUAUAAGCUGGAAAUGAACCGCAGCAGCUUUUAAUAGCAGGAUUAGAAGAAGACAAGGCAAGAGAUUACCUCACAAACCCAGAGCAAGUGAUAAGUUAAAAUGAAAAAUUCUUGCCAAGAAAUCUUUUUUUUAACCUCCGGGCCACUUUACUUUAAAAGUUUAUAAUGAUUCUGUAGUAGUACAGGUAUCUCCGAUCAUCUAAGACAGGGUCUUAGGGGUACCCAGAAUUGAGGAUGUUUACAACUGAAGAAAAAUUGAAACUUAUCACAUUGUAGGCAAAUAGUUAAUAAGUUUUUGCCGUUACUUAUAAGGUUUUCACUGCGGUUAGUAAAAUUUAUUGGUCUUCCUUAGCUUUUAUGCGCCCUUCGUGAUAUGUCAUGACCACAUGUGUGUGAGUGUGCUGUGUGGAAGGGCUGCCAGCCAAAGAUAACACAAAACAAACAAUUUGUCAUCGUAAACACAUUCUUUAUUUUCACCUCUGCUUGGUUUCCAGGUCAAAACGUGUCAGUUCAACACAUUUUUCAAUACUGAGUCCAUUAUUUUAUCAAGCAAGUCUUAGGGGUUAGAUUUUGAUCGAAGCCUGUAUCUUAAAUGUUAUCAAAAGGUGAGAUUAUCUCAUUUUUCAGUAACGGAAAACCACGGAAAUAUUCCAGAUAUAUCGUUUGUUUGUUUACACAAUUUAUCGGCCAUUUAAGCUUAAUAACGCUGUUGAAGCUCGUUCAUUGAAAAAACAGCUGUUAUCUUGAUGUCGCAAUUACGGCAAUUACGCCCCGGAAACAAGCUCUUAUAAACGCUUUUCCUUUUUCAUCCUGCUUGGCACUGUAAAACACGUUUUGAAACUGUUAUAGUUUUGUUUUCUUUAUCUACCGCUUGACUCAAAUAUGUGGGCCAUGUUUUUGAUUUACCGUUUUUAAUUUCCUUCGUCCGUCGCGGAGCCUUGUUGCCUUCCAGUCAAAGACUUUUCUAACCGCAAGUCCUCUAUGCCUUUUAAGAACAUGGCAGUUCCGUUUGAGCGCGGGAAGCCACAAAAACGAGCGAGCAGAGUCGCAAGAGGACUGGGGAGAAGAAAAUCGCCAGCUUUUUAAUGUACACUGCCUACCUUCAACAUUUUUAUGUAGCUUUAUUAAGUUGAUUAGUCUGCUACACAGCCGUUUUAAGUGUCGUCACGCAACGCUCCUCCCCACAUAAGUUCAGUUUUAUAUUGCCGCUGGUGACCUCUCUAUAUUUCUUCUGAUCUCCAUAAUUUGAAAGUCUUUAAGCAUGCAAAAGUCAUUGGAAAAACGCCCGGGAAAUCGGGAUGAAAGCUGAAAGGAAAUCGUUCAUUUUUGCACGUGUCGGUCGGUAUAUCAUGCCUCGGAAAUAUUAAAGUCUUAUUUUUAGAAACGUCCCUGAGCCGUGCUGAUUUCUCCCUGAAAUGUGAGUACGUUAUUUGUGUACCGUUAUAAUGUCCAGAAUACCUUUGAAAAGCACGCUACAGCAAGGCCUUCUGACUCUCUUAGAAACGGGGAGUGGGAAUUGUCUUCUCAGGAACUUCGCUCUCUCCGGACUCAUCUAAUUUUAGUCCCCAGACUCCUUCCCUCUAGAGUGUGCCGGGCCGGGUCACAACAGGAACUUUAACGGGUCCAUCAUUUUUAAAAGUUAGAAAGUACAAUGGCAUUAGUAUUGUUCGUUAUUAAAGUCAUAGCUCGCAAAAAAACACAAUAAGCAAUAGCUUCCCGCAAUAACAGUUACAUUGGAGAACUACAAUACUCUUUUUGAUCACGUUUGAGGCCCUACUAGUAUUUAACUGCAGUUUCAAGAUUAAAAGACUCUUGCUUUUGUCUCCUUUUUCUCAUGUUUAGUGAUUCGCGCCAAAGUAUUGUCCCAGGAAGUGGUACCAGGGGAGUACUAUGACAAACGUGUCUACAAUCUAAGGAUCCUAAAAACGUAUAAAGGAGCAGUUGGCCUGAAUCAAACAAAGGACAUUCGCCCUCAUGGAUCCAAGCAACGUAGCUUGUUUACCAAGGCUUACACUUCUGUUGGAGAAAAAAAGUGUGGGAUUAAGCUGGCAAACGACACUGUCUACCUGUUGACCGGUACCAUUUCGGGACAAAAACUCCGGAUUGGUAAGUGCAAGUGGGUCCAAAGAUGGGCUGAUGUCACCCCUCGGCAGCGUAUGGGAAUACGACGCUUUUAUGGUGAUAAUUGCGACUGUCAGAUCUCACCGUGUUACGCAGAAAGCUGUAAGAAGCUACAGGGAUGUCGCAAGUCAGGCAAUUUCUAUGACAGUGACUGUGAAUGGAGACAUUCCUAUUGUCUAGUAAACGCCGAAAAAAGCGCAUGCGCAUGGCGUGAAACAGAAGAGUACAACAAAUGCAUGAAUGAAUUAGUUAUCCCUUAGGAAUAAGACAUGGAUCGAACCUUCAAAAAGAAACCAGUAUACGUAUCUGACCUUUUAGACAAAAGAUGAGAACGAGUAUGUUCUACCUUGGAACGAAACAUAUUUUACUGACAGAAAAAUUAGAUUGCACUGAAUUAUUCUGUUUACAAAGUGUGUAGAUUAGAUAGCGACCCACAGAGACUAAAAAUAUCUCUUCACUACUUUUACUUUGCACGAGCUUUUUUGUUUUUGUUUAUAUAUGACGAAGCACUUGAAAAAAAGUAGUUUUAAGCAUUUAUAAAACUAUGUCCAGGAACUUCCUACUAAAGUAUGACUUUUCAAGGGACAAAAAAUUUCAAAACAGAUUAGAGUCUUCUACAUACACAGACGACACCGCGGAGGCAAUUUCUCAUGAUAACACUGAGUAUUAACAGUGGAACACUAUGUGGAGCAGGGCUGGAUUUCAUGCUGGGAAAGAAUCAUGAAUUACUUUCUUAGUACAUCUAGAAAGUCUUUGAGUUUAGGAAUGGUCGUAUUAUAUUACAUCAAUGAGUGGUUUUACUGCCAAUAUUUCAAGAGUUUAUACUUAUCGUACGUUUAUGACGACGUAAAAAGAGUUAAGGACAGUACAUGUAAUAUUAGCUAUACAUGAUAUUAGCUGCUUUUGUUUGGUUGCUCGAGGUAAUAGUUUUUCAAUUUAACUAGUUUGACGAGAUGAAAUUCAGUCAUUAGGACUGCUAGUUUCAUAGGAAAAAAACCACAC